AUGUGAAACGUUACAUUAUUUGCAUUGUCUGUGAGGAGAAGGCACACCAGUUCUUCAGGGGAAGCAUCUUUGUCAUUCGAGGACGUGGCUGUGGGUUUCACCUGGGAGGAGUGGCAGUUACUGGACCCAUCUCAGAAGGACCUGUACAGGAAUGUCAUGUUGGAGAACUACUACAACCUAGUGUCAGUAGGAUAUCAGACUCCCAAACCAGAUUCACUCUUCCAGUUGGAACAAGGAGAACCCCCAUGGAUGGUAGACGGAGCAGGCCAGAGUCAAACCUGUCCAGGUUUUGUUAUUGAGAAUAGAAGAUAUGCAGGAAAUGAUUCUGAUGAGUUCAGUGGAUAUGGGAAAUCAUCUCUCUACCUCCAGCAUAAUAGAACUCUUACCAGAAUUAAAUACCAUGGCUGUGUGAAACCCAGUAGCACUAAAUCACAGCUCAAUGACCAUCAAAAAAUUUAUCCAGGAAAAAACCCACAUCCAUGCAGUGAGUGCGGGAAAGCUUUCUCCAGGAAGGCACAGCUCAUUAGACAUCAGAGAACUGAAAGAGGAGAAAAACCCCAUGGAUGCAAUGAAUGUGGGAAAACAUUCAUGAGGAAGAUUCAGCUCACUGAACAUCAGAGAACUCAUACAGGAGAGAAACCCCAUGAAUGUAAUGAAUGUGGGAAAGCCUUUUCCAGGAAGUCACAGCUCAGGGUCCAUCAGCGAACUCAUACAGGAGAGAAACCCUACGGAUGCAGUGAAUGUGGAAAAGCCUUCAGCCGGAAGUGCCGGCUCAACAGACAUCAGCGCUCUCAUACUGGAGAGAAAUUAUAUGGUUGCAGUGUAUGUGGGAAAGACUUUUCCCAGAAGGCAUACCUCAUUGCACAUCAGAGACUUCACACAGGAGAGAAGCCUUACGAAUGCAGUGAAUGUGGAAGAACGUUCUUUUUUAAGUCAGACCUCACCAAGCAUCAGAGAAUUCAUACGGGAGAGAAACCAUAUGAAUGCAGUGAUUGUGAAAAAGCCUUCAGAAGCAAGUCAAAGCUCAUUCAGCACCAGCGGACUCACACCGGAGAGAGACCAUAUGCCUGCAGUGAAUGUGGCAAAGCCUUUGCCCACAUGUCAGUCCUCAUCAAACAUAAGAAAACUCAUACAAGAGAGAAAGCUGUGGAUUCCCCAAAGCUGGAGAAACCUUCCUCAGUGAGUCAUAGCUCUCUAUUCAUGGGUGAACUCGUACAGGAGCAAAACCCCAUGAACGCAGUGCCUGUGGAAAUGUCUUUUUCGGGAACCCAGCCCUUAUUAAACAUCAGCGAGUUCCUAGGGGGCAGAAAUGUAGUGAUUGUGGACCAGCCUUUUCCAAGAAGUCAAGCCUCAGUAGAAAAUCGGGAAUUUACACAGGGACUAAGCCUUGCAAAUGCAGUGAAUGCGACAACCCCUUCAGUAAUAAAUUAUGUCUUAUAUGUUACAGAUAUUGUGUAGGAAAAAAAAAAAUCCUCAGAUACCUGAGAUGGGAAAGAGCCUUGAGCAAGAAUCCUCCCCACAUUCAUUAUGUGUCAGAGCUUGCUUAGGGCAGAAAUGCUGUGAAUGGGGUGGUUGUGGAGAACACUUCUGUGAGAAGUUAGGCUUAGUAAAUAUCAGCGAGAUCACAUUGGGCAGAAAUGCAGCUCUUGUGGGGAAGCCUUUUCCUAGAGGUGAUAUUGCAGUUGAUAUCAAAGAAUUCCCACAGGACCAAAACCUUAGAGUGUGAUGGUUUUUAAUGAUAAAUUGUACCUUAUCACUUGUCAGAGAAGCAUAGAAAGACAACUCUAGAGGCACUGAAGGUGGAAGACAUGUUUAGUAAAAUGUGGAAGCACUCAUAGAGAAGAAAAAUCCCCCAAAGGCAAUAAAAAAUGGAAAUUCUAUCACCAAACUAAGUCAUGUAUCACAGUUUUACCUUGGAAAGUGGGAAAGACUUGCAAAUAAAGGAAAUCUUCUUGGA